UUUUUUUAUUGUCCCUGACUUCUUUUUCCGUUAUUACUUCAUUCUCUUUUUUUUUUUCAAUCAUGGUCAUUCAUCAACCCAAGAUAGCCAUUAUUGGUUCAGGAUUCAGUGGCAUGACAGCAGCCAUUCAACUUCAAAAAAAGUUUGGUAUUCGUGCACGUCUAUUUGAAAUGAAUUCUGAUAUAGGUGGUACCUGGUUAGCAAAUACAUACCCAGGUUGUGCUUGUGAUAUUCCUAGUGGACUUUAUUCUUUUGGUUUUGAACAGAAUCCAGAUUGGACUACUACCUAUAGCUCACAACCUGAAAUUCAUGAUUAUAUGAAACGUGUAGCAAAAAAAUAUAAUUUAUACGAACAAACUUAUUUCAAUACAGCAGUGGUACAAGUUAGUUGGAUUGAAUCGAGGCAUCAAUGGCAAGUGGAUUAUCGUAGAAUAGAUCAUAUCCAAUCCGAAUACUAUGAUAUUAUAUUUGGUGGGGUGGGUCCUCUUCGAAUUAUCAGUGUACCUGAACAAUAUAAAGCUUUCAAAGGCACUAUCAUGCAUACAGGUGCUUGGGAUUCAAAUGUGGACUUCACUGGGAAAAGAGUAGCAGUCAUUGGUAAUGGUGCAAGUGCUGUCCAGGCUAUUCCUCAACUUCAAAAAGUGGUCAAGCAUUUGUAUAGUUAUCAACGUACUCCAACUUGGGUGGCACCACGAUAUCAAUUGAAAUAUCCUAAUGGUAUCAAGGCACUAUUUCGAUGGAUUCCAUUUUUGAUGCGAUUACAAAGAAUACUUCUCUAUCUCAUGCAUGAAAUGACCUUCCCUCUGUUCAAGAAAAGUGAUUCUUAUUUUGCACAUUUUGUUCGAUGGUGGUUUAAACGAGACAUGAUGAAACGAUUAGAACGCAAAGGCAGGGCUGAUUUGGCUCCUUGGUUGAUUCCCAACUAUGCUCUUGGUUGUAAACGCAUAGCAAGAUCUGAAAAUUAUCUGGAAGCACUGAGUGAAUCCAAUGUCACGGUGAAAAUGGGCAACAUCAUCCAUGUGGAAGAUUGUACAUUGACACAUCAAGAUGGUUCGUCUGUUGACGUGGAUAUUUUGGUCUUGGCUACUGGGUUCAAUGUCACUGGAUUUUUAUCUGAUCUGACCAUCACAGGUCGUCAUGGUACUGUAUUGAACGAUCUAUGGACUGGCAAUAAUUAUCCAAAUACAUACAAGACAAUGACCAUCAAGGAUUUUCCAAACUUUUUCCUAUUAUUAGGUCCUCAUUCUGGUCUUGGUGUGAUUCUUAUGAUUGAAUGUCAGGUGGACUAUGCUAUUCAAUGCAUCAAGUAUAUGAUACGCAAUAAUAUCAAGGCAUUAGACCCCACAUUAGAAGCACAAUCACGGUACGUCAGCAAAGUAAAGCAUGGCUUAAAAGGAACAACAUGGGCAAAUGGAGGUUGUAGCUCUUAUUACAAGUCAGGUGAUGAUGUGUUUGCGAUAUGGCCUGGCACUGUCGCUUCCUUUUGGUUGGAUAUGAAAUUCGAUCAUCGUGAUUUUACUCAUUAUCAAUAGAUCUGAUUAUCAUCAUAUAGCAUAGUAAUGUAUUUAUCAACUUCUUUUUUUUUAUUUGAUAUACG